AUCUCCCACAUCAAGUCUUCACGAAGCCUCCACAUCAUGUGCCACAUCCCAGUCUUCUGCUGGAUCACUGCUACAGUUCUGGAGGAUGUGUUGAAAACCAGAGGGGGAGGAGGGCUGCCCAAGACCCUGACUGAGAUGUACAUCCACUUCCUGGUGGUUCAGUCCAAACUGAAGAAUGUUAAGUAUGAUGGAGGAGCUGAGACAGAUCCACACUGGAGUCCAGAGACCAGGAAGAUGAUUGAGUCUCUGGGAAAACUGGCUUUUGAGCAGCUGCAGAAAGGAAACCUGAUCUUCUAUGAAUCAGACCUGACAGAGUGUGGCAUCGAUAUCAGAGCAGCCUCAGUGUACUCAGGAGUGUUCACACAGGUCUUUAAAGAGGAGAGAGGACUGUACCAGGACAAGGUGUUCUGCUUCGUCCAUCUGAGUCUUCAGGAGUUUCUGGCUGCUCUUCAUGUCCAUCUGACCUUCAUCAACUCUGGAGUCAAUCUGCUGUCAGAAGAACAAUCAACAUCCCUGUGGUCUAAACUGUUCAGAGACAAACCUGAUCCAACACAGCUCUACCAGAGGGCUGUGGACAAGGCCUUACAGAGUCCAAAUGGACACCUGGACUUGUUCCUCCGCUUCCUCCUGGGUCUUUCACUGCAGACCAAUCAGACUCUCCUACGAGGUCUGCUGACACAGACAGGAAGUGGCUCACAGACCAAUCAGCAAACAGUCCAGUACAUCAAGAAGAAGAUUGAAGAGACUCCCUCUGCAGAGCAAAGCAUCAACCUGUUCCACUGUCUGAAUGAACUGAAUGAUCGUUCUCUAGUGGAGCAGAUCCAACAGUUCCUGAGUUCAGGACGUCUCUUCAGAGGUAAACUCUCAGAGAGAAGCUGUGAAGCUCUGUCCUCAGUUCUCAGCUCCCAGUCCUCUAGUCUGAGACACCUGGACCUGAGUAACAAUGACCUGCAGGAUUCAGGAGUGAAGCUGCUGUGUGGUUUUCUGGACAGUCCACACUGGAGACUGGAGACUCUGAGAUUGAGUUCCUGCAGUUUGUCAGAGAUCAGCUGUGCUUCUCUGGCCUCAGCUCUGAAGUCCAACCCCUCCCAUCUGAGACACCUGGACCUGAGUGACAACAAGCUGCAGGAUUCAGGAGUGAAGCUGCUGUGUGGUUUUCUGGAGAGUCCACACUGUAGACUGGAGACUCUGAGAUUGAGUUCCUGCAGUUUGUCAGAGAUCAGCUGUGCUUCUCUGGCCUCAGCUCUGAAGUCCAACCCCUCCCAUCUGAGACACCUGGAGCUGAGUGACAACAAGCUGCAGGAUUCAGGAGUGAAGCUGCUGUGUGGUUCUCUGGAGAGUCCACACUGUAGACUGGAGACUCUGAGACUGAGCAGCUGUAACCUCUCAGAGAGAAGCUGUGAAGCUCUGUCCUCAGUUCUCAGCUCCCAGUCCUCUAGUCUGAGACACCUGGACCUGAGUGACAAUGACCUGCAGGAUUCAGGAGUGAAGCUUCUGUCUGCUGGACUGAAGAGUCCACACUGUACCCUGGAGACUCUCAGGCUGUCAGAAUGUCUGAUCACAGAGGAAGGCUGUGCUUCUCUGGCCUCAGCUCUGAGCUCCAACCCCUCCCAUCUGAGAGAGCUGGACCUGAGCUACAAUCAUCCAGGAGACUCAGGAGUGAAGCUGCUGUCUGCUGGACUGAAGGAUAUCGACACAAACACAGUAAACAGAAAGAUCAAACUGUCUGACAACAACAGGAAGGUGACACAUGUAGAGGAGGAUCAGUCAUAUCCUGAUCAUCCAGACAGAUUUGACCAGUGUCCUCAGCUGCUGUGUAGUAAUGGUCUGACUGGUCGCUGUUACUGGGAGGUCGAGUGGAGAGGAAGGGUUGAUAUAUCAGUGAGUUACAGAGGAAUCAGAAGGAAAGGAGACAGAGAAAACUGUUUUUUCGGAAGGAACGAUCAGUCCUGGAGACUGUACUGCUUUCAUGGUCAUUAUUUUGUUUGGCACAAUAACAGAAAGACACCUGUCUCCUACUCCUCCUCUUCAUCAUCUUCCUCUGUCUCUGACAGAGUAGCAGUGUAUGUGGACUGUCCUGCUGGCUCUCUGUCCUUCUAUAGAGUCUCCUCUGACUCACUGAUCCAUCUCUACACCUUCAACACCACAUUCACUGAACCUCUGUAUCCUGGGUGA